CAUCAGUACGAUAAGGGUGUUGGGAGGAGAUGACCAAGAAAUCGAGGGUCUCGAAAGAAAUUAAAAAAAAAAAAUAAACUUGAUCACUUCACGAUGCUCAGUCUAUGCUUAACCCGCAGGUCCUCAUGUCUAACGAGACUGAGCUCAUCGACUAUCUCUCCACAUACGCUCUUUGCGCACAUUCCAUCCGAAAUAAAGUAUAUCUCCUCCACCGCGAGUAGAUUAGCAGAUACUAGUACCAAGGACGAAAACUCAUCGAACACACAACCACCCCAAGAAAACACACCUAAAGCUAAAAAGCCUGCCACCGACCCCAAAUUGAAGAGCGUCUCGCAGGCAGACCAAGAGCUUCGGGAGCGCCUCGAGCAGAUGUCUGGAGGCGGUGGUGCUUCCGGGAUCGAGUACGAGGAUGGCAAGCCCACGGCUAUGAAGCGCAGCGUGCGCAAUAACAUGUUUCGCUAUAUCUGAGAGCGAGACGGCUUGGCGCAUUAGGUUGCUAUCGUGACUCAAGCGAUGAGCGAGUCUGAAGCGAGUCGCUGGACUAAUUUACCUUUCCCCGUGUGGUAACUUGAGAAUACAGCCCUGAGCCUGCACUCCUGAUGAUUCAAUUGACCCCAGAUACAACCUGAUAACGAGAAAUGACACUCUACCUGUCAAUCGCGAUCACAUUCUGCCAAGCAUAUGUAUCAAAGAUCCUAAUUGUAGCUAUA